GCUUGCAUAUUUCACACCGUAGAUUAUCCCACUUUUAGGAGUUCUUUAGCGUAGCAAUGGUGGAGGAAAAAGACUUGGAAGGUAGUGAAGCGGAUACCAAGGAGAUGGAGGCCGCUCCCGAUCCCGCGGAAGUAGAACGUCAAGAAAAAGAAGAACUAAAUGCCUUCCUCACAGAAUUGAAAUCCAAAAUUACAGCAAAAUCCCAUUUGCGUUAUGAGAACACAAAUUUCGAUUUGCCAGAAGAGUCCUAUUUUGCCAAACUGGAUUCCAGCCUAAAACGCAACACGGCGUUUGUCAAGAAACUUAAGCAAUUUACAGCAGCUCAGUUGGAUUCCCUAAUGAAGGAUAUGAAGGGCCUGAAUUUAAGCAAAUACAUAUCGGAAAUAUGUUCAGCAUUGUCCGAAGCCAAGAUAAAAAUGACUGAUGUACCCGCUGUGGUGAUGUUGUGCUCCAAACUGCAUCAAACCUAUGCAGAUUUCGAUAAUGAAUUCUUUGAGGCUUGGCAGAAAACUUUGCAACUAAAACCAGGAGAGAAAAUAGCCAAUGCCAGCAAGCUGCGAGUGGAUUUACGUUUGUUUGCCGAACUCGUUAGCUCGGGCGUUAUUAAUAGCAAACAGGGUUUGGGACUGCUGGGAAAUGUUCUCACCAAUGUCAUAUCGCAAGAUAAGGAAGAUCACAGCAAUUUCUCAAUAAUUUUGUCAUUUUGUCGUCACUGCGGUGAGGAGUAUGCCGGCCUGGUGCCUACAAAAAUGAUCAAUUUGGCUGCAAAAUAUGGAGGCCAAAUACCCAAAUCGGAUUUUCUAGCGCCCGAUAAGCAACAGAAUCUGAAAAAUCUGCUGAAGGAUUACUUUAAAUAUUUGUGCAAAUAUUUGCUCGCUGAACAGGCAGAAUUGAUGAACAUGACAAAUAAUUUGAAGAAGGCCAUGGCAUCCAAAGGUGAAAUCUCUACCAAAACCAAGGAGAAGUGUGAGCUCAUGCAGGCUAAUUUCGACAAGCUUUUAUCUUCGGCUCAAACACUUUCGGAUUUGCUAGAUGAGCCUUUGCCUGAGUUGGCCAAAGAAAUUGAAAUUUGCAAUCCUGGGGCUGUCAUUGAGAACAUGAUGGAUGAGGCAGCUCUGGGAGAGCUUGAUCCUUGGGGGGACGAGGAAACCAAAAGUUUCUAUGUAGAUUUGCCUGACUUGCGACAGUUUCUGCCGAAUUUCUCUGCGCCCAAAAUUGAUCCAGAGCAAAUUGAGGAUACUUCGGUAAUGACUGAAGAGGCUUUAGAUGCCGAAAUUGAUAAUGACUUAGAUUUAGAUGAUCCUCCCUCAACGGCCUCAGAUCCUGCCAAUGACAAAGACGAUAAGGAUAUCGAUGAGGUGACUGGAGCAGGCGCAUUGCCUGAUAAAAUCGGCAAUGCCCUUAUGGAAGCUGGACGCAUGAGCAAUCAAUCGGCAGGUUCAAUUAAACAACAGUUUGCUCAAUUUUUGAAAAAUCUUAAUAACUGUGUCAACAAGGAGCUCAUCGACUCGGCGGCCAUAGAAUUCCUACUUAACUAUAAUACCAAGAAUAACCGCAAGAAACUGACUAAAUCCAUAUUUGCGGUGCAUAGAAAUCGUUUGGAUUUAUUACCCUUCCUCUCGCGUUUUGUGGCCAUUGUCAAUCUUUGCAAUACGGAUGUUGCCCUUGACCUGUCUGAAAAUUUGCGCAAAGAAUUUAAAUGGCAUAUUCGCAUGAAAAACCAAUUGAAUAUUGAAUCGAAGAUAAAAAUUGUGCGUUUUAUGGGUGAAAUGGUUAAAUUUGGCCUACUCAAGAAAUUCGAUGCCCUUAGUUGUUUGAAAAUAUUGUUGCGCGACUUUCAGCAUCAUCAAAUAGAAAUGGCCUGUGCGUUCAUAGAAGUAGCUGGAGUCUAUCUCUACAACUGCAAGGAUACCCGUUGGUUGAUGAAUACCUUCCUCGACCAAAUGUUGCGUCUGAAAACUGCCACCGCUUUAGACUCCAGACAUGCUGCCCAAGUAGAGAAUGUCUACUAUUUGGUUAAACCACCGGAAACAAUAAAGCAAGAUGUUGUUUUAAGACCACCCAUACAUGAGUACAUACGGCAUUUGGUAUUCGAAGAGUUGAAUAAACAAAAUGUGGAACGUUCCAUUAAAAUGCUGAGGCGCAUCAAUUGGAAUGAUCCCACAGUCAGCAGUUAUGUCAUCAAAUGUUUGUCAAAGGCUUAUCUCUUGCGCUUCCCAUUAAUUCGCUGCUUGGCAGACUUGCUCUCUGGUCUUAGCUCAUAUCAGGAAAGAGCUGUAACCAUGGUCAUUGAUAAUGUUUUUGAAGACAUAAGGGCUGGUCUGGAAAUUCAUUCGCCUAAAUUAGCCCAACGACGCAUUGCCAUGGCCAAGUACUUGGGUGAACUUUACAACUACAAGUUGGUGGAAUCCAAUAACAUUUUAAAUACCUUGUACUCCAUUAUCUCCUUGGGGGUGUCUACGGAAGAGGGUGUGGUUUCGCCUUUGGAUCCACCUGAUAGUUUGUUUCGUUUGAAAUUGGCCUGUGUUUUGCUGGAUACCUGUGGCCCCUACUUCACCAGUUCAACCAGCAAACAAAAAUUGGAUUACUUUCUGGUUUUCUUCCAAAACUAUUACUGGUACAAAAAAUCCAAUCCCAUUUUUAGCAGGGUACAAGACACCCAUGACUUGUUUCCCAUAAUUGUUGAUCACAUGUACCGCGAAUGUUUGGCCAAUGUAAGGCCAAAGCUAAAGCUAUACAAGAGUCUGGAACAAGCUAAAGAAGCCAUAGAGAAACUCAAGGAGAAGUUGUAUCCUCAGCUUAAGGAAAUUACCGCACAGAGUUGCGAGGAGAGCAGUAAUUUGCAAUCAAUACCCGAAGAUAGUGAAUUUGAUGAUGGAGCCAGUGAUGAUUCGUCCUCUGAAAUGGAUCGUAGACCCCGCGAUGAAGUCGCGGAUGAUGAGGAUGCCGCCAAUCAAGCCAACACCACUGACUGGACUGAAAACGAAGGCAUGCCAGAAGAUGAAUGCAUUAUGGUUCCCAAAAUUCCCGAAAAGACUAAAGAAGAUUUGGAAUUUGAACAAAUGUUUGAAAAAAUGGCCCAAGAUUCAUAUCAAGAACGUUUAAAGGAAACUGUUAAACCCAACACCAAGGAUAUACCAGUACCCAUGAUGGUAAGAAAUAACAAAAAAUCCUAUGAACAAAUUGCUUCCAUGCCAACUACGGCUACCUCGCAACAAUCAACGACAACUGCUGGUGACACCUCCAAACCUAAUUCCUCUGCAGCUGGGGGUGCUGGUGCUGCUACUGGAGCUGGACCCAUUAACUUUGUACUCAUGGUACGCGGUGGCAAAGGCGGCAAACAACAAUUUAAACAAUUUGUUGCUCCCUCCGAUUCUCAAUUGGCCAUUAACUUGAAAUUGCAAGAGGAAAAAAUACGCGAAGAAAAGGAAAAAGUUAAACGUCUUACGCUUAAUAUUACCGAACGCAUUGAGGAGGAGGAUUACCAGGAAUCCCUAAUGCAAUCGCAGCGCAGCAGCCAGACCAAUCUGUAUGCACGUCCUAGUAAACCUAAAUUUAAGCAUCAAAAAGGCGCCCCUGAUGUUGAUUUAAUUUUCCAUUGACACACUGAUAAAAUACUCUAAAUCUCUAUGGGGGAUUUGUGUUACUUCCGACAAACCAGUAAGGGGGAUGAAACUCUCGUCAGAUAUUAUUAUCCCUCCGCCUGGACUUUCAAGGCAGAGUCAGUUAGCAGUUGAGUCAGGUGUUAGCGCUUGCAUCAAAUUGCGUUUAUUCCCAAUACUCAAGCCUUGAAUGAUUGAAUGACUUACAUAUAUACAUAUGGCAUGCUGCAGUUAAUUUACACCACCACACUACCACUAUCAUCAUUAUAAAAUGAUAUAAAAAUGUAAUUAUAGCAUAUAUCUCUCUCGUCCUUCUUAUUUUUUGUAGAAUGUAGAUUGAGAUUCGAUUAUUUGUUACAGCUGUCGUUUUAAUAAUUUUCAGUGAAAUAAAAACUAUGUAUAAAAUUCAA